CACACACGCAUCUUCGACAACAAUUUUCAGAGCCACUUCAACAAUCAGCUUCAAACCACGUUUUACAAUAUCUUACGAGUGACGACAGUCAAGAUUUACGCUAUUCGUACUCCUUACAACAACACCAACACUUCGACGAAAAAACCAUCGUUUGCACCCCAAAAAUUGCGAACAACUCCACCUUCUCACAAUCCAACUCAAGAGAAUCUAGCAACUCAAUCACUCAUCACGAAGAAAGUUUGAGAUUUGACAAACAACUUAUCAACACCAUCUUCAAGGAAACCUCACGCUCUCGAUCACUUGGACCACGACUUUUGACAAAUUGACGAGCUUUCAGUGCCGUUCUCUAAAUAUGGCGACGCGCUCUACCUUAGGUUCAACAGCAUUCCCUGGUGACGCACUCGACAGAACUAGAACCAUGGAUUCCAAAUUCGGCACACAAAAAGAUCAACAACGGAAAUCCCGCCUCGCUACCAGGAUCUCUUCACCCCACACCAGGAUUACUAUCAGAAAAUUACAUAUCGGCAACAGAAGAAAGACUCUCGCCAAGAGGAGACAACAAAUAGAACAUUGGAUGUCCGUGCUUCAGUCCGCACAACAACAUCGCUGCCUUGAACCAGCCAUGCAAACGACGAAUAACGACGACAGCAGUCUUUCAGACGUCGACAUUGGCCUGGACGACCUCGGAUCAAUCCCAGCAUCACCUGGCCGACCUCACUCGCCAGCACUAGAGGAUCUAUUCCAACCCAUUACAGAAGAAGACUUCUUUACCAACUUGGACGUGAACCCCAGGCCUUGCAAACGAGUCAAACGAGCAACCAAUAACGACAAGGACAGCCUGUCAGAUGUUGACGUUGGCUUGGGAGAUCUCGAAUCAAUCCCAGGAUCAUCAAAUCAACCUCUUUCGCCGCAAUCAGAAGAGGAAAUCUUCCCAAUAACAGAAGAAGACUUCUUCGCCAACUUCGAUCCCGACUCCACAAUUGGCGUAUCCUUUACGACGCGCAACCUCGAAACACUACAACAACACCUUACACAGCCCCUAGAAGCUCGUGACGGACCAACAACAGAAGAAGACAUCUUCGCCGCCUUUGACGCCCAUCUCGGCAUCGAACUCAAUACCCCAAGCAACGCAUCUACUCAAACUACCAGUGAAGAAGACAGCCUCUCAGACGUGGACGUCGACCUCGAUGACUUGGAGUCAAUUCCAGAAGGUUUCGUCAUCCCAAUGCUCAACGAAGACGGUACACCUAUCUCCGACGACCCGGGAUCCGACGCUGCAUCCAACACUAGCGCCAACGGACCACACCAGCCAGCCACACCAACACCACAGGACGAUAUCCGCAAUCUCAUCAUCGCUGUUCAAGGCGACGACACUGACUUACGAAUGGAAGACACCUUCUUCCCUACAACAUCGAAUCGCCCAACACUCGCCAACAUUACUGUGACUUCGCCGUAUAGGAAUGAGAAUGGAGGGAGGGUCAUAGGAGGAACGACAGCGCAUCACCGGCGAAGCAUAGCGACCAUCAGGGCACAGAUCGCUGAAUUUCAAGAAAGAAUGAGACAAGGGGAUCACACCGCGAGGUUAAGGCCGAGAAGGCAUGCGAAUCAGGAGAAUGCUCCACCGGCUGGGAGGGAAGAGGGGACGACCGAGGAACAGAGGAGAGAGAGGGCUUGGAGGGAGGAGAGAGAUAGUAUGAUUUUUGGGUGGGAUGAUGGGCAGGAGGGGAGGAUGCAGGAUACGGAGAGGAGAGAGCACAGGCGCGUGCAGAGGAAUAUGAGGGUUGAGAGGGGGAAUGCGUAUCAGGAGAGUUGGACGAGGCAUAUGAGAUGAUGGGGAUGAGAGGUUGGUUGUAAGAGAGAUUGGAUAUGAGAGAAUGACUUGGGAAUAAGAUACUGAUUGAAUGGGACUUCAUUUCACCAAAA